AUGGCAACCAAAUUUUUAGUUCUCGCUGCAUUCGCUGCAGUAGCUCAUGCUGGAUCUUGGAACCCAGGUCAUGGCUACGCCGCACCAGCUCUAGUUGCCCAUGGAUCCCACGAUGCCAUCUCCACCUACUCCACUGUGCAACACCAUGCUCCAGCCGUACACUCCUAUGCUGCUCACGCUCCUCUCGUUCAUGCUCCAGUUGCCCAUUCCUACGCAGCUCCUUUGGUUCAGACUCCAGUCGCUCACGCUUACGCUACACCAGUUGCUCAUGUUCAUGCUGCUCCAGUAGUCAAAACUGUCAUUGCUGAACCCUCUGCACCUGCUCACUACGAUUUUUCAUAUGGUGUAAGUGACCCCCACACCGGAGAUGCCAAGAGCCAACACGAAUCUCGUCGCGGCGAUGUUGUUCAUGGAAGUUACUCACUUUUGGAAUCCGACGGAACCAAACGUACCGUCGAUUACACUGCUGAUUCGCAUAAUGGAUUUAACGCUGUUGUACACAAAGAACCUGCCGUACAUGCUGUUGCUCCAGUUGUUGCCAAAAUCGCAGCUCCAGUAGCUUAUGCUUCUCCAGUCGCUCAUGCCGCUUACUCUGCUCCAGCAGUUCAUACCGCUUAUGCUGCUCCAGUUGCUCAUGCCGCUUAUUCUGCUCCAGUUGUCCAUGCCGCAUAUGCUGCACCAGCUGUUCAUGGGUACUCUGGUUCAGUUGCUCAUGGUUACGCUGCUCCUUUGACCUAUGGUCAUCAUGGUUAUGCUGCUCAUGCUCCAGUUCUCUCACAUAACUCAUGGUAA